GGAAAUUGUGCAAAACCAUAGAGGAAUAGCAAAACAAAGCAUCGCACAGCAAAAUGAGCUGAACAAAUCAACGAUAUUUCUGUUGGACAACAAAGUGCAGAAGCAUAAAUAAACCAGCUUCAUCAGAGGGAAUUUUGUAUAUUGUUGUUUUUGUACAACCGAUCUGCAAACAUGAAGAUGACCGAGGUGAAAGAUUGCCCGUUGCAGUUCCAGGAGUUUGUGCCAAUCGACCACGAGAAAUCCUGCCCAAGAUACACCACGGUGUUGCAGCGUGAAGAGGGGGAAGGCAUCGUCAUGGACGAGUUAGACACCUUACAACUGGAGUUGGAGACUUUGCUUGCGUCGGUGUCCAAACGCAUGCUGCAGUUGGAAACGGAGAACAAAACUUUAAUUGACUGGUUGGAGAGACGCGAUAAGAAAGGCGCAACUACCCCGACGCCCGCAAGUGGCAAGGGCAAACCGCAGAAAGAUGAAGCGUCUACUCCAUCCGGUAAGAGAAGUCGUGUCGAGGAAAAAUCUGAAAAACCAGAAAAACCACCAAAGAAAAUCAAGGAAUCGGGCGGCAAGCAAGGCGCGAUGGCUGCUACAGCUACUCCACCAACAGCUGCUGCUUCAGGGAGACCCAAGGCAAAGAGCAUGCAUCAAAAACUUCAAGAGUAUGAGUUCACGGACGAUCCCUUAGCCGAACCACCCCCGCCUCGCGUCCCUCGGAAUGACGCCCCGGAUCGUUUCUGGACGUCGGUGGAGCCCUACUGCGCAGACAUCACAAGCGAAGACAUAAAAGUUCUAGAUGAUAUUCUUAAGACUUCUGAUGAUGACAUGGAUUAUUUUAAGAUCCCGCCGUUAGGGAAGCACUACGCUCUCAGAUGGGCGCAGGAAGACUUAUUGGAGGAGCAGAAGGAAGGAAGCAAAAUUGGCGACAAGAAGAAAGGUUCCAUGAACAACGCAAACAGCAAGGAAGCAAAGGCUCUUCUCAAGAAAGCAGAAAGUCGCGAAGAAGACAUCUGCCCGUUUGGACCGUUGACGCAACGACUUAUCUCAGCGUUAGUUGAAGAAAACAUCAUGACACCUAUAGAAGACAUCAUCUCAGAAACGUCUACUAAAGGAGACGGCACAGAGAGCAAAGAUGGAGUGUCGCCCAAGAACGGAAAUCGCUUCACCGUUCCACACACGCGAGCCUUAGAAGCCAGACUCCGAGAAGAACUACUCCAUCUAGGUCUGUUAGAUGCAGAUGACCCGGUCACCGACGACAUGGAUGACGAAAUACUGGUGGAACUGCAGAAGCGGCAAGCUGAGUUGAGGGCGCUCUCCGCGCACAAUCGCAGCCAGAAGAUGCGAUUAUACCGACUAGCAAAGGAAGAGAUCAAACGACAGGAACUCCGACAGAAAAUGCGAGCUUCAGAUAAUGAGGCAAUGGAUGCUUUUCGACGCAUCAUGGCAGCAAAACAGAAAAAACGUUCACCAACGAAAAAGGAAAGAGACCAAGCGUGGAAAAUCAUCAAAGAAAGAGAAGCGUUAGUCAAACAACUCGAAUCCAUGUGAUAAACUCAACU